GAAGCUUCACUAGAAAAUCAGGUGGUGCAAGCGAACCCGGCCAUUGAGGCUUUUGGUAACGGAGCGACAGUAAGGAACUAUAACUCAUCAAGGUACGGCAAAUUUGUUCGAAUUCACUUCGACAAGCGCGGUAAACUGGUUGGAGGAGACAUUGAACACUAUCACUUUCAACUUGGUGACGAUAUUCGUCAAUUCAAUUUCGUCUCUCAAGCCGAAAUCACCGUUCCUGGAAUGGACGACAAGGAGGAGUUCCGUAUCACUGAC